CGUGAUGUUUAUUCACCAUCCAACCAGUUAAUAAGGUGACAUAGAACCGUGCGAAGGGAAAAGAUAAAUAUCAGCUUCAUCCGAAACUUCAGUGGACCACCCCACAGUAACCAGCAGUGAUAAUGAUAUCCACCGUUGAAACCUUUCUAGGCCCACCGUGAUAUUUAUUUGCCAUCCAACCUGUUCAUAACUCAUAAGGUCACAUAGACCUGGAUGAAGGGAAAAAUACUAAUAUCAGCUUGAUCUAAAACUUAUGUGGCCCGCAAGAAGUUUUCAAUGGUAUGGAUUUAAUCCCCACUUUAUGUUCCACUUGCGCCUCGGAUCUUCCUCAUUUUGGGGUUAUUACCCUAAUAUGAUAUGGAAAACUUGAUGGACAGUGUGGAUAAAAUCCGUACAUCACGGUGUUCCCUCAAGAGCCCCUGCCUGUGACAAGCUCCGGACCGGCGGAGGUAGUACCCAAACCGCGUUCACUACUUCCUUUGUCCAAAUUCAGCCUCUACGGUCUACAGUCUGUACAGUCUACUUCCGAACGAGCUCCUCUUUGCUCUUCGAUUUCUCUCAGCAAUUUUAUCGAACACCUGCCCUGCAAAAAUUCCAAACCCUUCCUUAUCAAAUGAUCUCAACCCACCUCAUUUAUUCCUUCAAAAACCCUGAUAAAUCCCAUGAUGUCCACAAGAGUAUCUCUCAAUCACUACCCUCCUUCCUCUUCUUCGCUCCCUUGGAUCUCCCCUCUCCAAUACCUACCAAAACCCACCUCUCCAAAACCAGACCACCCUCCAAACCCCACCCUCUCAACCCUCCAAGAACUCCCAACAAGGCCCAAAUUCAUCUCCCACGACGUCGCCAUCCGUAUGAUAAAAAGGGAGAAGAGCCCUCAAAAGGCCUUGGAAAUCUUCAACAUGGUUUCAGAGCAGCGCGGCUUCAACCACAACCAUGAUACCUACUCCACCAUCCUGCACAAACUCGCCCUCUCCAAGAAAUUCAAUGCCGUUGAUGCCGUCCUCCGCCAAAUGACCUUCGAGCCCUGCAAAUUUCACGAGGGCCUCUUUCUCAAUCUCAUGGCCCACUUCUCCAGAUCAUCACUCCACGAGAAAACCCUCGAGCUCUUCUACGCGAUCCCGCCGUUCGUCCGCGAGAAGCCGUCCCCUAAAGCACUCAGCACCUGCCUCAACCUGCUUCUUGAAGCAGGCCGCGUUGAUCUCGCACGGAGACUUCUCUCCGAUUCAAAAUCAGGCCUCGGACUGCGGCCAAAUACCUGCAUUUUCAAUAUAUUGGUUAAGCACCACUGUAAGAGCGGCGACUUCGAAUCGGCAUUUGAAAUUGUGGAGAGGAUGAAGAAAUCGGAGCACGCAUCGCCCAAUCUGAUAACAUAUUCGACCCUCAUGGGUGGCCUCUGCGAUCGCGGGAGGCUCUCCGAAGCAAUCGAAUUGUUUGAGGAGAUGGUUUCCAAGGCAAAGAUCUUUCCAGACGCAUUGACAUACAAUGUCUUGAUCAACGGGUUUUGCCGGGGCGGGAAGGUAGACAAGGCAAAACAAAUCAUGGUUUUUAUGAGGAGGAACGGAUGCUACCCGAACAUAUAUAAUUACACGGCACUGAUGAUGGGUUUCUGCAAUGAAGGGAAGUUGGAAGAGGCCCGAGAGGUGUUUGACGAGAUGAAGAGAUAUGGCCUCGAAGCAGAUGCCGUCAGCUACACUACGCUGAUCAGUUCUCUUUGUAGAGUUGGGAGAGUCGACGGGGCAAUUGAAUUGCUAAAAGAGAUGAAAGAGAGAGGAUGCAAGGCAGACCUCGUGACAUUCAAUGUUAUUAUCGGCGGAUUGUGUUGGGAGAAGAGGUUUGAUGAGGCAAUGCAGAUGGUUGAGAAGUUGCCCUUCGAUGGCGUCUAUUUGAACAAGGCCAGUUAUCGGAUUGUGAUGAAUGCAUUGUGUAGGGAAGGAGAAAUGGAGAGGGCUGUGGGCUUGUUGGGCUUGAUGCUCGGGAGGGGGUUCAUGCCACACUAUGCGACGUCGAACGAGCUGCUGAUUGGUUUAUGCGAUGCCGGGAAGGCAGCAGAUGCGACGGAGGCAUUGUAUGGACUGUCGGAGAUGAGGUUUAUUCCAGAGGAUGCAUCGUGGGUGCGGCUGGUUGAGUCGGUUUGUCGGGAAAGGAAGCUGGUGAAGGUGUUUGAGUUGCUCAAUGAGCUGGUUAUUGCAGAUUGAAUUCUGAAAGGGAGUGUUUAGUAGAUGUAAAACGAUGAUUUUUUAACCCCAAAGAAACAAAAGAAAAAAAAUAUGGGAUUUUGAACGUUGUAUCAUGAGGAAUGGCUUUGAAUUUUGGAACGAAACAAAGGGUGGUUGCGGAUAGUAUCA